UCCAAGAGGCAGCUUUCCAGCCAGUAGCCGGCAAGAUUGGAAAAGAUCGAACACUAUCUGUCGUACGCUUUCGACACAGAUCUUAGCCUCGUAGAGACUCGUCCCAGACGAAGAAGGCGCAGGUGCACGUUGCAGCAGUGAAAGUAUCCGAGUGCAGUUGCGAUCUGUCAAUGCCCUCUUGCAUAGUCAGUCGAGGACUAGCUGCGCUGUUUAGAUUUCGAGCUCGUUGAAGUUGAAAGUCUCGGUGUCCAUCCACUGAUUCCUCACCUGGUCAACCCGAUCCAAUCCUCGAAACGAGCAUUUUCGAGCACCAACUGGUUCCAAUUAUUCUUCAUCUUCGAGCCCUUAACCGGAGGAAAUACUGUCCUGGAUCGAGAUGAUCGCUGCCACUUUGUAUCUUCUCGUGAUUGUAUCCGGCGCAACUACCCUCUCCAUCGACUCUAAUCCCGAAUACAUAAAACAGUGUUCGAGAAGCGAUCCACAGUUGAAAACAUGCCUGAUUGACGCACUGCACCAUCUGAGACCUUACUUAAGCGUUGGGAUACCGGAAAUCGAGCUGCCUUCCGUCGAGCCAUUUCGCAUGGACGAGCUGACUCUCUCCCUGACAGGUGGCACAAACGGUUACAAGGUUCAACUGCGCGAAUUAUUCGUGAGGGGAGCGAGCAACUAUACGGUGGAGAACAUUAAACUCGGCUCACCCUUCGAAGCCAUUGUACGAAUGCCAGCCCUCAUCUUGGACGCCCAUUAUUCCAGUUCAGGGGUGUUGAUUAUUCUACCAGCCAGUGGCAAUGGAACGUUUCACGCUCGAUUCGAUGAUGUCACGGCUGUGGUUAAAGGCACGGUCUCAACGAGAAUGAAGGAUGGAAAAACGUAUCUGAACGUGGAUAAUCUUGACGUUGUCCUCGACGUGAAGAAGGUUCGGAUGGGUGUCCACAAGAUAUUCAAUAACAAUCGGAUCCUGACCGAGGCAACGAAUCUGUUCCUCCGCGAGAAUGGGCAGGAGGUGUUGAAGGUGAUGGAACCUCAGCUGAAGAGGAAGUUGUCCGUACUUUUUGCCGGAAUUGUUAAUCAAUUGUUACGCCACGUGCCAGUGGAAGUUUUCCUGCUGCCUUGAAUCGCGUGUUUCUUCUUCUCUUUUCUUCUUUUCUUUUUUCUUUCCUUCUCGUUAGAAAUAAGCGAAGAAACAAAUAGUUCAAGUUAGUACAUACAUAGAAUUAGGAAAUUGAUAACUUGGGUUAGAACAAGAUUAUAAGGUACAAACAAUAUCGUUACGAUAUUUUUCAUUGUAAUUAAUUGUAACGAUGGAAUUUAUUGUAAAGUACAUGAAAAAUAUACAUGUAUAUAUAUUUAUAGAGGUAUAGAUUUAUAUUUUAAAUAAUCAUUUAUUUUCGAUGAUAUUAGUUUGAUAUUGCAAUGAUAUUGUAUUCAUACAUAUAUCAUGAAAAAAAAUCUAGAAGAGUUUGAAGAAGAGAAUUGAAUAAUUGAAAGAAGAAAAUUAAAAAUAUCUUCAUUUAAAGGGCAACAGUGUAAGAAUCAAUAUUUAUUGUUGAUUGUACAAAAUCAUGAUCAUGUAAUCAAUCGAUAUCACCUAAAUUCAAUUAUUGGUUUCAAAUUUAUUUAGAUACUUCGUUCAAUUAAGAAUUUCAAAAACGAUUGAAGAAUUCGUAUAAACAUUGUUGCAUUCACAAUUGCGUCUUCAACAAUUAAAAAAAAAAAAAAAAAUAGUUCAGAAGCCACGUUGAUCAUUUUGAAUGAUCAAAUGAAUUUUACAAAAUUUUU